AAUGCUAAACCAUCUCUCGCAGCACAAACAUAAACCCGCCUGUCACAUAACUCUUACUGUGCAGUGAGCUGAAAAGAGUUCCUGUAACAGUGGGGGGAGGAGCUGAAGACCCUUCUUUUCUGUUCUUACACACUUCUCAUAUUCACGUUUCAGCUUUUGAGUCCUAUCUAUAUAUCAUUGGCCUUUCACUAAGAGUGUGUGCUGUCAUUCCUUGGCUCGGAUACAUCACGUAUGUCAUGACAUUCCUCUAUAGAUACUGAACACACCUGCUACUGCUCCGGCUUCUGUUGCUCCUCCUCUCCCUGCCUCACUCCUUCUUUUCCACGUCUUUCCACCUCCACAGAGGAUAACCCACCUGCAGUUUGUCAUCUGAAUAUGUCUGCUGUCUCUGUAGAGAGUGCAUACAUGUGGAGGGGAGAGUGUGUAUGCAGUGGGUGGAAAAGGGGAAGAAGGCGGAGUUGUGUUUUGUACUUUAAUGGGUUGUGGAGAAACCUGCCUGUCCGCUCGAAGCUGGGAGAGGAGGAGCCUGUGGGGUGUGGGACUCUAGACAAAGGAGACAUACUCCCUGACACUGGAUCACUGGAGAGAAAAGGAGAAGCGGAGAUCUUCACUUUUCGCACAGCAGUCAAUCCUCAACUCUUGGACUAUUUUUUUCCUUUUUUUUGUGUGUGUGUGUUUUGGAAAACUUUGUUAUGUGUUUGUCAGCUGUAUGGAUUCACUGGAACUGAGAGAUGUCUGUGCUGGAGCAGCUGUUCCCCUUUGCUGCCUGUAGUGUGUAGAAGAAGUGUGUGGGUUAUUAUGUUUGGGAUGGAAAAGUGGGGCUGGCACUACCAACAGCUCUGCUCUUAGCUUUACGCCAUGGGGGGUUGCCAUAGUUACCCCUCGGCUACGAAGGCAGACAGGAAGACUCUUCAGCUUCCUGACCUCAGCAGGGAAAAACUGGGAAUUAAUAACAAUAAUCUGGAGGAGCGACCUUAUCUGCAGCAGCAGUACGUGUGCCAGCGGAUCACACACACAGACAUGUUUGCACUCACGGCGCUGCCGCCUGGCGUCGACAAGGCAGAGUGGCUUGCCAGCAACACGGUGGCGUUUUUCAAGCAUAUAAAUCUGUUCUCUAGUGCACUGUCCGAGUUCUGCACUCCCAGUACCUGCCCAACUGCCUGUGGACCAGGCAACACUGUUUAUGUUUGGACCGAUGACCACGGCAGGAAGCUGAAGUGCUCUGCUCCGCUUUACUUUGACUAUGCCAUGUCAUACAUUCAGGAGCUACUAGCUGAUGAAGAUGUGUUCCCCACAAAAGCAGGUUCAGUGUUUCCGACAGGCUUCAUCUUUCUGGUCCAGAAGGUGUUUUUGCUGUUUUUCAGGACUCUGGCUCACAUUUACUGGUCUCACUACAGAGAGACCCUGGCUCUUGGACUGCAGCCACAGCUCAACACACUCUUUGCACACCUCACACUCUUCUGCCGGCAGCACGCCCUGCUGGAGCCGGAGUACACUGAGCCACUACAGGAUCUCAUCACAGCUCUGGGACAGCAAGGCUGAACCUAAAGAGCAAACGCACACAUAGUACAUUCAUUUCACAUUUCCGUCACACACUUAUUUACUUCUUGUUAUAUCUUGUUUUAAAGCUUUAUAGUGUCUCUCACCACUCUGGGCCAAACUUAAACUUACUUUACAGUAUGGACAGUUUGGAAGUUGUAAAUUAGAAAAUCAAAUGCUGUUAACAAACAGUAUUUUGGGAGAAUGAAUGAGUCUGUUGUGCUUUAAUACGCAGUACAUCAGACCAGAAAAGGAGUAUCUUGUUCCUGUUGUAUAUAGUUGUAACCAGUUAUUCUGCUACUGUGUGAAACGGUAAUAUUGCAUGUUAUUGUAUUUUAACAUAAUGGUGCAUUAUUAUAAUUUGUUACGGUCAAAAUCUUCAAGGUCAUUCAUGUCUUCCUCGUAGGCUUAACACAUUUAUAAAAAAAACAUCCAGUUCACAAUCAGUACAAACAAAAGGUGCCAUCAUUAUACAUUUUGAACUUGUAAUUAGCAUAUUGUGACUCCAUCUAUAUGGAACGACACAGCCUGAUUCUGUACUUCAUAAUAUACAUUUAUUACAAACCAUUUUCUGUAUAUGGUAGAUAAAAAAGAAAAGACGAAAUGUGUAUUAUUUAAUUGUAUCAGUCUCACUUCUCUCCAUGUACAGUAUCCUGCAACUAUCUCAUGUUAUUAUCUUGAUCUGUGCUGUAAUAUUAGCAUGUCUCCAGGUGUUUGGUUUGAAAACAGCACCACCUGCUGCCAGCACACCCAGCAUGUAUCAUUUUUUAACCUUCACUGUCAGACAGCAACAGUACACCCUGCAAUGUAUAAUUGUUUGUUUUGUUGGCUGCAGCAUAUUGGAUUUGAAAUAAAAAAAAACAAUGACAAUGAGGUUCAUGUGCUGAUUUUCAGCUUUCAUGUGAGGGUGUUUAACUCCAGAUUGGGUUAAACGUGUGGUGACUGUGGGGGCUACGAGUCCUACACUAUUCACCUCUUGCAGAUAUCCAUCCAGGACCCUUAAAGCUGGUAAGUCAGCACUUACUGUAUCCCUUUGUCAUUGUUUCAUUUCAAAUCUUGGAGUGAAGCCAAAAGACAAUAAAAUGUUCCACUGUU